UGGAGCACGUUCUUUGGGCUGCGGACUCUCUGGAGUCUAUCAUGCUCGGCCACUCCGGUGCAGAUGAAGCCGCUGGGGACGAAGGGAUGUCAGGGAUGCCGUUUCACUCCCUGGAUAAGCUGCUCGGGUUUCACGUUCCGCCACCACCGAUUCGCGUCCGGCCGUGGUGGUUUUCCGCGCAGGAACUGAACGAACCUCUGGUGUUUCACCUGGACCCCUGGCUGGUAGACCCAAUUUUUGGCCAAGACGGAACCGUACUCUCGGAAAUGGAGUGGAUGAGCCAGGCUUUGCUGAGGGUGGACCCAACCGACACCGGGGAACUAGUCGAAGUCACCGUGUUUGGGCAGCCCGGCGUGAAGACUCGGGUAAAGAACAUUCUUCAGAGCCUGGCAGUGUGGUUCCGAGAACUUCGUGACCAACGAGCUAAGAAGAUAAAACGCCUUGAGGAGUUCUUGAAGGCUAGUUCACCAUAUCCAGAAACUAUCCAGCAUCCAGUUUAAUACAAACAAGAUGGCAAUAAUUAGACCAAUGAGGACAGCCUGCUGAAGAGAUGGAAGACCAAGUAUUCUUAAAUCUCUACAUUACUUUUUCCUGUGCCUUUUGAAUAGUGGUUUGUUUUGUGGUAA